AUGUCAUUUCUUGAGACAAAUUGGAAAGACAGUAAGAAUCCAAAGGAGUUAGAGAUUGAUGUGGACAAGACCAAUGAGGUUACAAGGCUUGUGGAUCAGGAGAAUGUUGCAGACAGGAUGCAUCUGGAUUUUAACAAGGCUUUGGACUUAGGCUCUCAUGAGCCUUUUGUAGAUCAAGUGAACAAAUACAGGCUGCAGGCCAUCAUGGAGGGCAGUGGCCGGAUAAGGGCAGAAUCUUACCCUGACAGCAGCACUCUGGUUAUUGACGUUGCUGAAAGAGAUGAUUCUGGUGUUUACAACAUAAAUCUGAAAAAUGAAGCUGGAGAAGCACAUGCCAGCAUCAAGAUUAAAGUUGUGGACAUCCUUGAUCCUCCAGUGGCACAGAAUGUGACAGAUGUGGGAGAUGAUUGGUGCAUCAUGAACUGGGAGCCUCCUGCCUAUGAUGGAGGGUCCCCAAUCUUAGGAUACUUUAUUGAAAGGAAAAAAAAGCAAAGCUCCAGAUGGAUGAGGCUGAACUUUGAGCUCUGCAAAGAAACAACUUUUGAGCCCAAACAAAUGAUUGAAGGCAUGGCCUACGAGGUCCGUAUCUUUGCCGUCAAUGCCAUCGGCAUCUCCAAGCCCAAUAUGCCCUCCAAGCCAUUCGUUCCUUUGGCUGUAACCAGCCCCCCUACACUUCUGGCUGUUGACAAUGUAACUGACACCACUGUCACAAUGAAGUGGCGGCCCCCAGAUCAGAUCGGUGCCGCAGGUUUAGAUGGCUAUGUGCUAGAGUAUUGCCUUGAAGGAAUUGAGGACUGGAUAGUUGCAAACACAGAUCUGAUGGACAAGACCAAGUUCACCAUCAUGGGCCUGCCCACGGAUGCAAAGAUCUUUGUGCGUGUGAAGGCUGUGAACGCAGCCGGUGCCAGCGAGCCCAAGUACUACUCUCAGCCCAUCCUUGUGAAGGAAAUCAUAGAGCCUCCAAAGAUUCGCAUCCCACGGCACCUGAAGCAAACCUACAUCCGCAGAGUUGGAGAAGCUGUCAACCUGGUGAUACCUUUCCAGGGAAAACCAAGAUCAGAAUUAACUUGGAAGAAGGAUGGUGCCGAAAUUGAUAAAAAUAAAAUCAACACUCGCAACUCUGAGACUGACACUAUCAUAUUUAUCAGAAAAGCGGAGAGGAGCCACUCAGGGAAAUAUGAUCUGGAGGUCAAAGUGGAGAAAUUCGUGGAAAGCGCAUCGAUCGACAUCCAGAUCGUGGACCGUCGGGGUCCACCCCAACUUGUGAAGAUUGAGGAUGUCUGGGGAGAGAAUGUUGCCCUAUCAUGGCCACCACCAAAGGAUAAUGGAAAUGCGGCCAUUACAGGGUACACGAUCCAGAAGGCUGACAAGAAGAGCAUGGAAUGGUUCACUGUCACUGAGCACUAUCACUGAACCCAUGCCACCAUUACUGAACUGGUCAUAGGCAAUGAAUACUACUUCCGGGUCUUUGCUGAAAACAUGUGUGGCCUCAGUGAGAAUGCAACAAUUACUAAAGAGAGUGCUGUGAUCGCCAAGGAUGGUAAAGUCUAUAAAAAUCCAGUGUAUGAAGACUUCGAUUUCACAGAGGCGCCCAUGUUCACUCAGGCUUUGGUCAACACCUAUGCUAUAGCUGGGUACAAUGCCACUCUGAACUGCAGUGUGAGAGGAAAUCCCAAGCCCAAAAUAACCUGGAUGAAAAACAAAGUUGCUAUUGUGGAUGACCCAAGAUACAGGAUGUUCAGCAACCAAGGGGUCUGUACGCUGGAGAUCCGCAAGCCCAGCUCCUAUGACGGAGGCACUUACUGCUGCAAAGCAGUCAAUAACCUAGGGACAGUGGAGGUCGAAUGCAAACUGGAGGUGAAAGGUGGACUUUCCUUCUGCAGGCUCCUCUUGCAAGGUGUACCUCCUAACAUAAUUGAGUCUUAUAUGCGAGAUUUGCACUCAAGCAAUCCUGAGGAAUACUAAGGGCCCAGCCACUGACCCUGUACUCUACUGCUUUGA